AUGGCCCAUCACAUGCGCGAAUCCGGGAAUCUACUCUCUAGGCUCCUAACCGACCCAGAGCUCCAAAGCGAAUACACAGCCCUCUCAGACCGAGCACACUAUCAACCUUCCAUCUAUGCUCACUUUCUAACAGACACCCAGGGCACACCACCAACACCGAGCCAGUACCUCACCAUCAGCAACAUGGUGCAGGACUAUCUAGCCGAAAAUACCGUCUCGCAGCACGCAUGGCACGUAGACAACAUGACGCAUCCCCCUGUGCCAGAGCACUCCUCCAACAACGGCCACCGCAAAUACCUCCAUACUACUAAUAGUACCAAAUCACGCUCAGCAAAGCGCCCAGAAACCCUCCACCGUUUCUGCAACGAUGCCCACCAGCGCUGGCUUGACACCCCUACAUCCCUCCGCGACACACCUUUUAUUUGUCCCCCAGCUGAAGUCGGAUACUCGCGGCACUCUCACUGUCGACUCCGCCAGCACAGGCUGCGGCAGUCAUCAAACUACAUUAUGAAUCUCGUCGAGGAUAUAUGUUGCUAUCUGCAUCGAAGUGGGGUGUUUACGCAGCAGUUUAGCAUGGAUUGGUACGUUAUCUUUUUGCUGUUUCGAAAGAAACAGGCUGCUAUUGCGGAGAUCUUUUGCUCGGGCCUGCUGCAGGUGUGGGUGCAAGGUGGAGGGGGAUUUAAUGCGUCUCCUGCAGGAAGGAGCGUAGCGACUGCGAAGAGGGUUGGUGAGGGAGAGUGGGCGGGGUAUGAGAAGUGGGUGAGAGAGGAGUCGGAUGUUGUGAAGAAUAUGAGGUUGCAGCAGCAGAGGGCUGAGGAGUGGCGGAGGGCGCUGGAAUGGGAGGAUCGGGAGAGUAAGGAGAGUCAUUGCGAGUGUGCACAAGUGGUAGAUGUUGGUCUUGGUCUAUGAGUGGCUAUGUGGUGAAGUAGUAUGGAUAUUUGUUGGCUAAAUAUUGAGUUCACACACAGUGCUCUCUUCUCUCCCACUAAUAGUAUACAACUGUCUCCAGC